CGCAGUUGUCUGCUCACCACCACAACCACGCUCACUACUGCCUGCUUAGUGCUCUUCUGCCACACGCCCGCCGACACCUUUUUCUAAAUCCCGACGAGCUGCCGCGCACUCUGGUCCUGCAACGGCCACCCAGACAGCACAUUCCUCCACUUUUCACAGCAUUCCUUGAUGCAGCGCCGAUAAGGCUUCGUUCAACGGCCUACCAGCCUGCCCACCGCCAUGGACACUUCAUACUUGUCACAGCAGGUCACUACCAUCAUCGAGCGCCUGCAUGGUUUCUUUGACGAAAUUGGCGUCCCCAGCCAUGAGCGCGACUCGAGAGAAUCAGAGCUCUUCUCCGCUCUCUCCGAAACACUACACAACCAACUCAACCUGGUCGCGAAGGAGAAACAUGACCUCACCGAAGAGGCCCAGCGUCUUAUCAAGACCAUCCGCCAGAUGGAGCGGUCGCUAGAUGACACUAGACCAAAGGACGAUUACGAGGCAGAAAAAGAUGGGCUGAAAAUCACAUAUCCACUGCUGAACUGCAUCGAGCGGCUCAAGCAAAAACAUCAUACCAUUGCCAAGUUGCACCGCGAGCGCUACGAACAAGUCAAGAAGCUGGUGGAGGCAUUGGAGUCGUACGCAUCACAUCUCGAACCCGCCUUCGUCAAGAUCAAGCUACCUCCCACAGCUCCGAAAGCCGACAUAUCCCCUACAUUCGACCUAUCGCCGACGUACGUCACGAAGCUGGACCACGAGUUCACCCGAGUCUACGACGAGUACAACAAGCGCGUGGCCACAGUAGCGCAAUGCGGCGAAGACAUCAUCAAUCUGUAUUCCGAGCUGGGUGUCCCGCAGGCGCAAAUCGACAGCCAGAUUGUGCAGUUUGCGCGAGAAUCGCCUGAACAAUUGGGACUUCACAAGGAGGACCUGCAGCGACUUGCUGCUAAGCGUGACAAACUUAUGAGCGAAAAGCAGCAACGCGAGCGAAAGCUGAAGGAACUGCGAGCUGCAGUCGAAGGCCUAUGGGACCGUCUCGGUGUGGAUGAGGCCGAGCGCAAGCAAUUCCUGGCGAGCAACCGCGGUGUCGGCAUUCGUCAGAUCAAUGAAUUCGAGGAUGAGCUGGCCAGACUCAACGAGCUCAAGAGACAGAACCUACACAUCUUCGUUGAGGAUGCUAGGUUCAAGCUUCAAGCUCUGUGGGACGGUUUGUACUUUUCCGAGGAGGAAAUGUUGGACUUCGCGCCUGCUUUCUCCGACGUGUAUUCCGACGCCCUCUUGUCAGCACACGAGCAGGAGAUUGCUAGGCUGGAAGCUUUGAGAGAACAGCGAGCACCUAUCCUAGCUGCAGUGGACAGGCACCGUAGCCUGAUCCAGGACCGCGAGGACUUGGAGAAGAGCAGUCAGGAUGCAUCCAGGCUGAUGUCGAAGGGCGCCAAGGGCGAGAAGCGCGAUCCUGGCAAGCUGUUACGAGAAGAAAAGCAGCGCAAGCGUAUCACCAAAGAGCUCCCCAAAGUCGAAGCGGACCUUCGGAAGACUUUGGAAGACUGGGAAGAGGAAUACGGUCGUCCAUUCUGCGUACAUGGCCAGCGGUACUUGGAUGAACUUGAUGCAGUACAGUCCAGAGCUCCGCCACCACGCAGCAAGACUCCGAAUGCCCUGUCUGGAUCUAGAGACCCACCAAAGAGCGCUGGUCGCGAUGCGAGACCCAACUUGGGGCAGAGCAAGAGUGCUGGAACUUUGCGCGGAGGCAACCCUACUCGAAGUAAGACACCAACAGCACACCCGAACCGCAAUCCGCUGGCCGCCUCCACAACGGGUCACUCAGCAUUAGGAGCAUCGAUGCUGGGCGCAUCAACAUCAGCACAUGGUUCGAUUCGAGGCAGUCCUUCCAAGAUCCCAGGUGCAUCGGGAUCACGAUUGCCCAUGGGCGUUUUGCCCAAUGGGAACAACUCACCGGAGCGCCGUGCGGGCAAGAUGGCAUCGAGCCAGGACAGCGAGCUCAACCGCACAUUACGAGGCAACAUGGGCCCUCCUCGGGCGCCACCGCCAAAGAUGAAGGACUUGUUCGUACCGCCAACGCCUACACCUAUCGGCAGCAACAAGGAGAAUGGCCUUGACCUCGAGCGACCGGGAAGUGUGCUUCGACACAUCGAGGCAGAUGAUCCCUAUGACGACCGCCGGUAUGAGAACAACCACUACUCCAGCAUGCACUCGUCUUCAUCACAUGGCUCGCGCGGGCAUAUGCUCAGCCGCUCCGUGGGAUCAUUUGCUUCAACUGCCUCGCGACCUAUGAGUCGGCAGGAGUACCCCGUAGCACCACCGAUUUCGCGCCAGGCAAGCAACACAUCUUCUGUCAUGAGCGGGUCCCAAGUCAGCGGCAGCGAGAACUGGGAGACCUACGAUAGCAACUCCGACAACGAAGAGGCAGAUGCAACGGAGGCGUACUACGCAAAGAUGAAGCACCAGCAGGCCCAAUUGAGGCAGACAGUGAAGAGACCCGGCACAGCCUCCGGCCAGCUCGGAGGCAUCAAGCGUAUCCGAGAGCAGCCCAUUGUCGAAGAGGGGCGAGAAGGCAGCGAGGCUGGUUGGACGGAUGACGGCAGUGUCGGUGAGACUUACUGACGCUCCUCUCGUAUAGUCCGGGAGGAUGUUUGAAAAAGAAAUUUUUGGCGAACUUGCACUUGCAUGGCGUUGGAGGAUGGAAUCUGGAGAGAACGGAACUGGAUAGGAGAGGCGUUUCGUCUUGCUUGAGAUUGAUAUGAUCUUCAAGGUUUCGAAGACAUGACGACGAAAAACCCAGCUUGUGUGGAAUUCGAUGCUAGAACGAUUACGGCCUUGACGGUCCUUCGACUUUUUGCGUGUGCUUGCCUAUAUACUUACUAGUUUCACGAGGGCAUGAAUUACAGGAUAUUUUCACGAACUCGCUUUUCUUUUCCACUUACUUGCUGUUCUUUUCCACUUACUUCCUCUUAUCGACGAUAGUGGGUUUGUUGUUACAUGUGCGAUCAGAAUUUUCUUUGCUAGUCGUUGCAGUUUGAUGAUAAGAGAGUGGCUUCGAUGCUCAAUGCCGUCAUGCAGGAGAGG